AUGUAUCAGCAUGACUCAGCCAUUGAGUCUGAGUCAUUAAGUUUCAGUAGUUGUAGUAAAGAUACUGGCUCUAAGCCUGAUGAUGUAAAAGAUACUUAUAAUGUUAAUGAUGAUGAGGGUGAAACUAGUGCAAAUGUUCUAGAAAUUAACAAUGAAAGCAAUGUUGAAGAUGCUCGUGGUACUGCGGCAGAAGAAUUUGACAGUGAUACAACCAAAGAUGACUUCAGUGCCCAUGUUAGUCAGUUAAGCACUGAGGGUGGUAAAUCUGAUACUGAGUCAGAUGUGAAAUGUGAUGACAGUGUUGAGCCUGACAUGGUUAAGGAGUUGCCGGGCUUAGAGAUGCCGGGUGCUUUUGAGGUGGCUUCUUGUGGAGAAUUUAGGCAUAAUGAUGAAGACAAUGAUUCUGAAAUCAAAGAAGGUAAACAGUCAGAUGAGUUUCAAGAUGCAGAAGUAAACAACAGUAAUGAUUCAGAUAAGACUGUUAGUGAAGGCACAUUGUCAAAUGCAGAAGUUAAGAUAGUAGCAUGUGAUAGUAGUGAGUUAAGUACAGAGACAGAAAAUGAUAUUAGUGUAUCAGAGCAGGAAAAAGUCAGUGAUGGUGGUGAGGUGGAGCUGUCUGAAACAAAUGACCGUGUGGAAUGUAAUGUUACUACAGAAACGAGUCCUCAUGAUAGUGAUGCUAAAGAUGUUACUUUAAGUUCAGAAGCUGAAACUAGUCCUGGGGUGGGAAUAAACAUAGGGGAACAGGAAGGGGAAGAGUUGCAGGCGUCUGAUAAUGUGAACACUUGCCUGAUGACCGAAAGCACAAGCUCCGAGGCAGACUCAGACAGCGAUAUCUUCAUGGAUGCAGUGGAGGAGACUGAAAGUCAUGAGGCUCUGCGUGAGCCUGCUGAUGUGACAUCAGAGCAGCAUGUACGAGAGAGUCCACCUCUUAUCGUAAUCCACCCUGACAGCGACUCAGAUGAGAAGGUUGAAGAGGAAAUUGGUGGGGCCACAGUUGAGAGUGCAGAAUCUGAGCUAACUGCAGCUGAGAGUGUCUCUGACAGAGACCGGUUUAAGUCAGCUUCAGAGGAGCUGCUCACUGAUAAGGAGGACCAGAAAGAAGUGGAGCUCAAGCCAGAUGUUGAGAAGGAAACAGUGUUGUCCAACAAUCCUGAUGAAGAGACUGAGGAUGUAAGCGAAGAUGAACUCAAUCCCCCAUUAGAUGCCUCGGCAGCAAUGUCGAAAGGAAAACUGGAGAAGACUGGAGAGGGAACUGAAGCUGAUGCAAGAGAUGAUGGUGAUGAGAAAGGACAUUCUUCUGAGGGUGAAGAGCAUUCUGAUCCAGAAACUGAAGAAUCAGAAGUAGAUGUUGAGGAAGAUGAUGAAUUGUGUGUUAAUGAAGUUGAGAAAAACCCAGGAACUGUUCUUGUUCUGGACAGGCCUGAGCUUAGACAUGAUCCCAAUGACGAUUUGAAAGAGCCAUAUAGUGAUGUGCGUCUUUCAGGUGUAGGAGAAGAACUUAUUCAGGAAGAAUCUCAUGAGGCAGAAAAGGCUGAUUUGGAGGCAACAGAAAAAGCAGAUGAACCAGCCAGUCCAAAACAGGAGGAAUCUACUGGUCCACCAGCGGAUGGACAUAAGGACUUCCCAGAAACGGGAGAAAGUGUUGCCUCUGUUGAGGAAGAGGUUACUUCCAAGGAUGAUCAAGCUGAAUCAGAAAGUGUUGAGCAAGAUGCAUCUGGCAAAGUAGGAGAGGGAGCAGAUGUUUCAUUGUUGAGCAUGGUUGCUGAAACAGAGGUGUCUGCUGAAACAGAGCAAACUUGUGCGACUUCUGACAAAACUGAAAAUGAAAACUUGUCAGAGAACAAGUCAAAGGUCUCUGAACAUUCUCCACCACAAGGCAGUUCUAAAGAUGAUCAGGCAGAAGAGGAGAGUGUGUCGGGGGAUACUGCGAACGAACAGCCCAAAACAGAUGUACCUGAGCCAGACGCAGAGGGAGAGGUUGUGAAAAGAAAAAAAUCUGGCAGAAGAUCUAAGAAAUCUCAGAAGUCCUCUAAGAGAAAGUCGACUUCAUCUGUUCAUAGGAGUGACUCUUACCAUGUGGCUAACAAGCAUGAUGAAUGGCAGGAAGAGGAGUCCAAGAGUGUUAGUGAAGAUGAGGUGCCAGAAACAGAUUUACUGCUCGAGGACAUCCAGAAAGUCACAGAGAAAGAAGACUUGUGUCAAAAACGAAACAGCGAUGCUGGGACUCUAACAGAUGUGAAGGAUGAUGUGAAGAGCGAGGAUGCUGACGUGGACAGUGCAGAGGGUAAAUCUCAAGGGGGUGAUCCAGGAGUUGAAAAGGAUCAGUCUGUCACCAAGGAGGAAGCUUGUACUGGUAAGGAAUCUGUAGAGGAGGGACGGCUUCUCACACCAAAGGAUACAGCUAAACAAGAAUACGAAACUGACAAGGAUGAUCCUAUGGUGUCCGAGCCUGUUGCAACUGAAGCAUCAGGAGUCUUGGCUGAUGAAGAAGAGGAGGAAGAUGGGACUGAGUACACACUGGAUGAUAUAGACCUGGAUGAAGGGAGUGAGAAAUAUUCUGACCUUGCGUCCGUGGACAGUGGUACAGCCAGCAAAGAAAACCUGACCACAGAUGGAUCAGACUCUUUCGUGAGUCCGACAGACAGCGAGAAGGGAUUCCCAACUGAGUCUGGCCUUGGAGCUUCUGCUUGUCUCAAAGCAAGUGUCUCAAAGGACUCUGUCAUAAGCGAUACAGGUGGGAAGGUAGAUGGGGCUAAGUCAGAGCAGAAAAAAACUAAUAACAGGCAGAAAGGUAGAGCGGGGAAUAGAACAAAGGGGUUCGUUGAGGAACUGAAGUUACCUCCACCAUCUGGGGAAGAGCCUAAAGGAAACUCUCCAGUCCCAUUAGAGAGAAAGAAACGUUCUCGUAAAUCUAGGCGUGAACGCCCUAAGGGUGAGCAGGCAGAAGCCGAGGAGCCAGAACCUGUUAAAACACCGGAUAGCAAAGGACAAAAGCCAGGCUCAGGCUUUUUCAAAAAGAUUUUCGGUCGCACUUAAACAUUUGUUCCAAGAAAGAUUUAUGAAGCGUAACGUUUCUGGUGACCUUAGUUUAGUUUGUAACAUGUCCAAACAUGUAGGCCACAAAUAAGUUUUUCAACCAUAUUUUUAAGUCUUCAUCAACCCUCAGGAUUAAUGUUAAGUCAUUAAUCUUUGCUUUGCUUUCUCUGUUUUUGGACAUGAAAAUAUCUAGCACCUGACGUCGCUUCUAAGUUUGCAAGUAGUGGCAGAAAAUAUGGAUUAACAGCCGUCUUAAUGACAAAAAUAAACGUGUUGAACUGUUUUAUUCAUUUAUCCAUCACUAGCUUAAAUACUAAAUCUUUACAAUGAACCUUUCACGAAUAUGUUUCAUAAAUCCUUGAAUGUCGGCAGAUGUACUUACCCUGUUGAAUUGUAGCUGUUGAAUAUACAUGCAUAUGGCCCAAAGAAUUGUCUAAUUGCAUUUUUGAAUAUGUGUUUUGAACAUAAAAUACAUGUAUUUUUUUUUUUCAUACCUAUGGAGAGCUCUUUAGCCAAGGAGCUCUGAGAAAGGGCAUUUUACUUUAAGUGAAAUUGUGCCGAUGCACAUGAAUAGCUUUGCAAUAUCUGAUGAUAACUUCCACUGAAGCAAAUGAAAACCUGUGAGUCAUAGUUCUUGUUGGUUAGUUUGUGCGGUUGUAUUGAUAAACAUCAUUGAAGUGAGGCAAGUUCUUAUUGGAUAGUUUUGUGGUUGUAUUGAUAAACAUCAUUGAAGCGAGUCAGUUCUUGUUGGUUAGUUUGUGUGGUUGUAUUGAUAAACAUCAUUGAAGCGAGUCAUAGUUCUUAUUGGUUGGUUUGUGUUGUAUUGAUAAACAUAACAUUAUUGAAAAUCAUAGAUCUGACAUGUGCUUUGCAAACAUGACAAAUGUCUCUAUAGCUGUAUAUUUGGCGUGAUGGUCGAGAUGGGAGGUGCAUGUAGUUAAAUUUUAAUGGAUGUUUCAUAGAUUUUACUCUGGUAGUUUUGGCCAAUGGAAGGAUCUUUUACAUCCAGAUGUUAUGAAUUUAGCUUUAAGAGUUUUUGUCUUUCAAGACACUUGAAUAGCAGGGCCGUAAGUUACAGUUUGUUGAACAUUUUUAGGAGAAGUAAUUGUUAAAUGACUUGUAAUUGGCUUAAAAAGGAGAAUUGGUCUUGAAUAAUGAUUAUAUAGUAAAGAAAAUUGAUGUGGCUUUUGACCAUGCCUUUCCUGAGACUAUUUGUUACAUGAUUGUUGGUCACAAUGUUCCAUAAUUCCAUUUAUUUAUAUCAGACAAUUCUUGCCUACAUGUGUGUCUGCAUGUGCUCCAUAUUUGUGAACGCCGUGGAAAAUUGUGAUCUGUGUAUACGUUAAUCACACCAAAAACAAAUCAAAAAAAUAACAUUUCAUAACACGUCUGUACACGCGUGUAUAUUUGUGUGUACUGAACCCACAGCUGCCUUUGUGCCAUGUUGUUAUUGCACAUACACCUGUGCGUCCUGUGCCACUGUGUUUUCUGCGACCUGUCUCAAUACAGGCAUAUAGUAUUGCGUGCUUGGUAUUUCCAAGAUGAUAAAGAAGGCCACAUCAACUGCUUUCACAUAGGUGUGCCAGUUGAAUUCAGUAUCCAUUUUAGGUUAAUUUGUCUUAGGAUAUUAGAGUUUGCUGAUUACCCAGAUGUAAUAAGGGCCAGUGCCCUGUCUAUAUCCGUGGGUGUCCUGUCUAUAUCCGUGGGUGUCCUGUCUAUAUCCGUGGGUGUGUUGAGCUAAGUAAGCCCUUAAGUACCAUGACAACAUAUGAUAUAAAGGGCUACCUAACACUAAGUACGCUUCAUGAAACCAGCCCAAGUGUGUGUGUCUCUCUGGGGGUGUCAGGUUUAUAUCCGCGGGUGUCUGGUCUAUGUCCGUGAGUGAGUGCCACGUUACGUGUAUGUGCUUCUGAAAUGCAUUUUUACAUACUUAUUUUUAAGUGAAAUGCUAUAUAGUUGUCAUCCUGUCAUCUGUAUGUUUUGUAUGCUUAUAUGUCUUAUUGCACUGUCCCUUUUUCAAGUUCACUUUUCUGUGAAUGUCAAAAGUGUACAAAUUUCCGUUCACCAGUGUCGAUUGGACUGUACAUGUAUCUUUUAGCGUCAAGUCUAUGCGGUAUUUGUCCAUCUUUGUCUGUGUCAAGUCUGUUCUGUGUGGUAUUUGACCAUCUUUAUCUGUGUCAAUUCUAUUUCUGUGGGGUAAUUGUCCAUCUUUAUCUGUGUCAAGUCUGUUUCUGUGUGGUAUUUGUCCUUCUUUAUCUUUGUCAAGUCUUUUUCUGUGUGGUAAAGGUCCACCUUUAUCUGUGUAUAUUAGUGUCAAGUUUAUUUCUGUGGUACAUGUACAUUGAUCUAUAUCUGGUGGUGUCAAGUUUAUCUCUGUGGUAGAUGUACAUUGGUCUAUAUCUGGUGGUGUCAGGUGUAUUUCCUUGGUACAUUGGUCAAUAUCUGGUGGUGUCAGAUGUAUUUCUGUGGUACAUGUACAUUGGUCUAUAUCUGGUGGUGUCAGGUGUAUUUCCUUGGUAAAUUGGUCUCUAUCUGGUGGUGUCAAGUUUAUUUCUGUGGUACAUGUACAUUGGUCUAUAUCUGGUGAUGUCAAGUGUAUUUCUGUGGUACAUGUACAUUGGUGGUGUUGGGUGUAUUGGGUGUAUUUUCCUUGGUACAUUGGUCUAUAUCUGGUGGUGUCAAGUUUGUUUCUGUGGUACAUGUACAUUGGUCUAUAUCUGGUGGUGUCAGGUGUAUUUCGUUGGUAAAUUGGUCUAUAUCUGGUGGUGUCAGGUGUAUUUCCUGGGUAAAUUGGUCUGUAUCUGGUGGUGUCAGGUGUAUUUCUGUUGUACAUGUACAUUGGUCUAUAUCUGGU